AUGACGAAAUCUGAAAUCCCUACUCAGGCGAAAGCCGUUGUAUACGACAAGCCUGGCUCUGUGUCGACCAAGGUGGUCAUGGUAGAUGUUCCCGAGCCUGGAGCGGAUGAAGUCCUGGUCAACUUGACACACUCAGGAGUCUGUCACUCUGAUUAUUGUAUUAUGACCAACAGCUGGCCUGGCCUCCCUCACCCAACCAAAGCAGGCCAAAUAGGAGGCCACGAGGGUGUUGGAAAGAUUGUUAAGCUCGGCUCCGGGGCAGAGAUGUCCGGCCUCAAGAUCGGUGAUCGCGUUGGCAUCAAAUGGAUUGCUUAUGCUUGUGGUCGAUGCCCAUUCUGCCUUGAUGGUAUAGAUGGAUGCUGUGCCAACAAAAAGUUGUCUGGAUACUAUCACCCCGGCACGUUCCAGCAGUACAUCCUUGGACCUGCUCACUAUGUUACCCCUAUUCCAGAUGGCCUGUCCUCUGAACAGGCUGCCCCCAUGCUCUGUGCCGGCUUGACAGUUUACGCUGCACUCAAACGCUCCAAAGCCCAACCAGGUCAAUGGGUGGUCAUAUCUGGUGCUGGUGGUGGAUUGGGCCAUAUAGCCACACAAUUUUCCAGCCGUGGCCUUGGUCAUCGGGUCAUUGGCAUCGACCAUCACAGCAAAGAGGGUACUGUGCGAGAGUCGGGCGCAGAGCACUUCAUCGACAUUACUCAAUUCUCACCAGAUGACAAGGGAACAGAAGAGAUCGUCGAAAAGGUCAAGUCCCUGACAGGGGGGUUCGGCGCUCACGCAGUCAUCGUGUGCACUGGAUCCAAUGCUGCAUAUGCACAAGCAUUACGCAUGCUGCGUCCAAACGGCACAUUAGUCUGCGUUGGAAUCCCAACUCACAACAGAGAUCCGAUCGCUUCUUGUUCUCCGGCGCUCCUGGUUUCUCGUUCUCUUAAUAUCGUUGGCUCUGUUGUAGGGAACAAAAGGGAUGUUGCUGAAGCUAUGGACUUUGCGGCAAGGGGUAUUGUCAAGUCCCAUACAUGCGUUGAGAAAAUGGAUAAACUUGCGGAAGUCUUCGAGCGGCUUGGUCGGGGCGAGGUCCAGGGAAGAGUCAUUAUAGACUUAUCCUGA